UCUAAGAAAUACUUUUUUUUUUACAAAUGAAUGUGGUUGGCAAAGUUGGGAGUUUAAUUUCACAAGGUGUAUAUUCCGUUGCCACUCCUUUCCAUCCUUUUGGUGGAGCUGUUGAUAUAAUUGUUGUUCAGCAACCAGAUGGGACUUUUCGGAGCACGCCUUGGUAUGUUCGGUUUGGGAAGUUUCAGGGUGUUUUAAAAGGGACCGAGAAGGUUGUUCGUAUAACUGUUAAUGGCGUUGAAGCAGAUUUUCAUAUGUGUCUUGAUAACUCGGGCCAAGCAUAUUUUUUAAAGGUGGUUGAUUCUGGUGUAGGAAUUGAGACGAGUGGAGAUAUCAAAGAUUCUGAUGGUGGAAUUGUCUCGGAUUCUGAGUUGGCUCAAUUGAGGGAUGAAUAUGAUGACACAAGUCAAAACCGGCUUGAAAGGGUAGAAUCUGAUACUAUGUUCUAUGACUUUCAAGAUGAUCAGUUCUCUCAAGAGGAUUUGGUUAAUUUGUCCGAAUAUGAGUCUGGCCAAUAUGAGGAUUUGGAUAGUGUGUGUUUUGAUGAAGCACAAGGUGUAGGCUCAGAAGUUGUCUUGUUCAGAGUGGAUGGCCAUAUAAUUACAGCUCCUGUUUCGGCAUCAGACAAGACUGCUGAAAAUGUGCAACCAAGCAAGCCUCUGUUCCGUAUAGGACCAGUUGAAGGACCACCCUUUUGUGAGGGUAAUGGGGAAUCUAGUUCAGGUGACAAUGUGUCGGAUGCUGACUAUACUUGUAAGCUCAAUUCUGUAGCACCUAAGGAUUCCUAUGAUAUUGUUUGCAGCUUGAACAGUGAUUCUACUGCUUCAGGACACCAUCAAGAAGUUUUUAAAGAAAGGGGGGAGCAUGCCUGUGAAACUGAAGAAACUCAAAACCUUUCUAACCAAGAAAAUGAAUUUAUCAGGCAAAGUGACGUUGAAGAUGCAUCUGUGCAUGUUAACAAGGAUGUUUUUAAGAGCUGCCUUGAACUAUCUGAACUGGGCAGACAUGGUGAAAAUACCAAUUCUGAAGAAAUAGAUAGCCCAUUACAAGCUCAGAGUUCACAAGAUAAACCUCCUUGCAGCCCUCCAGAAGUUGGUGAAACUGAAAAUGGUGCUAUUGGUGACUACCAAAAUAAAGAUGUACAGUAUUCCUCUUGUAGGCCAAAUUCUUCCUAUCAAAAUGGAUUUCCUGAUUUACCAAUUGAAAAGAAAGUUUCAGAAACAGAUUUUAUGGGCUGUAACAAUACAUCUGUUAAUUUGGUUAUUAGUGAACCUGAAUUGAGAGAUGAACAGUUUGGUACAUCAGCAGCAACUGAAGGGAUGGAUGGCGGUCUGCAAAUUCGUGCACUUGGGGAUAAGAGUAGGGAAAGUGAAAUGGUGGAAACUAAAACAACUUGCUCUAAAGAGAUAGCAGCUCAUGGGAGCAAGGGAUUUGAGAUCUCACUCUGUGGGAAUGAACUUCAUGUGGGUAUGGGAUUAGAUGCUGCAGCAGAAGUCUUUGAAGCACACAGCGUACCAGAGGAGGAAUACAAAAAUAAUGCAAUGUCAAUUAUUAAGAAUGCAAAUCUUAUCAUCCGAUUCAGAGAGAUGUACUUGCCAUGGGAAAAAGCUGCUUCUAUUGUUCUUGGAAUGGCUGCAUUUGGUAUAGAGUUAGCUGUUGAGCCCCGAGAUGCAAUCCCUGUUGAACAGGAUGAGUCAUUGAAACCAAAAGAUGAUGAUUCUAUGGUCACUUCUGCAUCUUCUAGCCGUAGAUGGAGGCUCUGGCCUAGUUCCUUAACAAGGGUCAAAACACUUGAGAAGAACGACAGCAAUAGUGAGGAGGUAUUUCUUGAUACCAAAUCUUCUCUACAAGAUUCACCAUCCGAUUUAAUUUCAGCAUCCACUAGAAAGAUUGAAUCUCCCGGCAAAAAGUUUGUGAGGACAAAUAUUCCCACCAACGAGCAGAUUGCUUCAUUGAAUCUGAAAGAUGGUCAAAAUAUGAUUACUUUCAGUUUCUCCACCAGGGUUCUGGGAACACAACAGGUUGAUGCACAUCUUUACUUGUGGAAGUGGAAUGCAAAGAUUGUAAUCUCAGAUGUAGAUGGAACUAUUACCAAGUCUGACGUUUUAGGCCAGUUUAUGCCUUUAGUUGGAAGGGAUUGGACACAAACUGGUGUAGCUCAUCUUUUUUCUGCCAUUAAGGAGAAUGGAUAUCAGCUUCUAUUUCUUAGUGCACGUGCAAUUGUUCAGGCAUAUUUAACCAGAAAUUUUUUACUCAACCUGAAACAGGACGGAAAAGCUUUACCGACUGGACCUGUUGUUAUUUCUCCUGAUGGUUUGUUUCCCUCAUUGUACCGUGAAGUGAUAAGAAGAACACCUCAUGAAUUCAAAAUAGCUUGUUUGGAGGAUAUCAGGAAACUUUUCCCUUCCGACUACAAUCCAUUUUAUGCGGGUUUUGGAAACCGAGACACAGAUGACCAAAGUUACAGAGAAAUCGGAAUCCCAACGGGAAAGAGAUUUAUUAUUAACCCAAAGGGUGAGGUGGUUACAAGUCAUUGUAUGAACACGAGAUCAUAUACAUCACUACAUACUCUUGUUCACGACAUGUUUCCACCAACAUCAUUGCUUGAGCAGGAGGAUUAUAACUCAUGGAACUUUUGGAAAGUGCCGUUGCUGGAUAUCGAUUAAGAUAGUUGAUUGUUUAAAGAAUAGAGUUUAGUUGUACCAAGGAGAUGGCGAGUAGCAUAAAUUGCCCCAUAUGUAAGAGAUUAUUCUGAUAUGCUUCAAGUUCUUAUAACUUGCUCACUCCAUUUAUAUUCUUUAGUGAACUUCAAAUGUUUUGUUGGGGUUCAUCUUGUAAUGAAUAGAUAGUUCAAGUGCAAAAAA